AAUGAAAGAGAGAGAAGAAUUCUGUGGCUUUGGAUUCUUCUAGCAGAUCGUGCCUGCCAGCUUUUGAGAGAAUGGGUACGCAGAAAGUGUGCAAAAUAUAUAAUUCUUCAAAUUCUUAUUGUUUAUCAUUUCAUUGAGGGAAAAAAAAAUCCAUAAAGAAAUAAAAGGAGUUGAGGAAAGGGGUUGUCUGUGAGGAUUGAUUGAGAAAGAGAAAGCCUUUUUUCUGUUCUGGGCUUUUUUGGGUUUUUCUUUUUCUUGUUUGUAAGAGUUUGGUUAAAUAUAGAGAGAGAGAGAGAGAGAGAGAGAGAGAGAGAGAGAGAGAGAGAGAGAGAGAGAUGAGGGAGAUGAGGGAGAUGGAGAUGGGGAUGGUUGUGGUGAUGGUGGUGGCGCUGCUCAUUGGCAUUCCGAGCUCUACUAAUGCAGACACAGAUCCAACUGAUGCUUCCACUCUCAAUAUCAUGUACACCAGUUUGAAUUCGCCACCACUGCUUACCAAUUGGAAGCCAAAUGGUGGUGAUCCUUGUGGCGAAUCUUGGAAAGGAGUUUCCUGCUCGGGCUCAAAAGUUACGGAAAUAAAGAUACCAGGAUUAGGACUGACUGGGAAUAUGGGAUACCAGCUUGAUAGAUUGACAUCUGUAACGACUUUCGAUAUAAGCAACAACAAUCUUGGAAACCAGAUUCCUUUUCAACUUCCUCCAAAUGUUCAAAGACUUAACCUUGCUGGCAAUGGCUUCAAUGGUGGCCUUCCCUAUUCCAUAUCAUUGAUGACUUCUCUAAGAUACCUCAACGUAAGUCACAAUCAAAUACAGGGCCAAGUGAAUGUCCAGUUUAACUCGCUUACGUCUCUCUCCACAUUGGAUUUCUCUUUCAAUUCAUUGACAGAUAAUCUCCCUCAAAGUUUCCAGUCAUUGACGAAUAUAAACGAUAUGUAUUUGCAAAACAAUCAGUUUACUGGAAGCCUUGAUGUCCUUGCUAAUCUUCCGCUUCAAAAUCUGAACGUUGAAAACAACCAUUUUACUGGAUGGAUCCCUGAACAAUUGAAAGGCAUAAACCUGAAAACUAGUGGUAAUUCAUUCAAUUCUGGACCUGCACCUCCACCUCCACCUGGCACUCCUCCAGCCACCCGGCCCAACCGAAACCACAGAUCUGGAGGUGGUGGUGGUUCAUCCAAUGAUGGAGGAAGUGGAAAUGGAGGAAGCAAAUCGGGUAUCGGUGGUGGUGCUGUAGCUGGAAUAGUUAUAUCAGUAUUGGUUGUUGGAGCUAUAGCAGCAUUCUUCAUUGUCAAGAAACGAUCCAGAAAGCCGGCCACAGACAUCGAGAAGCUUGACAAUCAGCCUUUUGCUCCUCUGGCUUCACAAGAAGUCCAAGAGGUUAAACCUAUUCAAACUUCAUCCACAACCAGCACAAAAGCUUUUGAAACUCCUGCCAUGAUAAACCUGAGGCCUCCUCCAGCUGAUCGUCAUAAAUCAUUUGAUGAAGAUGACGUCUCAGCAAAGCCGAUUGUUCCACCCAAAAAAGUGAAUACAGCUCCUAUAAAUGCUAAAUCGUAUUCUGUAGCAGACUUACAGAUAGCCACUGAUAGUUUCAAUGUUGACAAUCUUAUGGGAGAGGGAUCUAUUGGACGUGUUUACCAGGCUCAAACGGAUGAUGGACAGAUUCUUGCUGUGAAGAAAAUAAAUUCAUCAGUUCUGUCCAAUUCUGAAGAAUUUCUUGACAUCGUCUCGGAGAUUUCCAGCUUGCAUCACCCUAAUAUAACUGAACUGGUUGGGUAUUGUUCUGAGCACGGACAACACUUGCUUGUUUAUGAGUUCCAUAGAAAUGGAUCGCUACACGACUUUCUGCAUCUCUCUGAUGAAUAUAGCAAGCCUUUAACAUGGAACAGCCGUGUCAAGAUUGCAUUGGGGACUGCAAGAGCACUAGAGUACCUACAUGAAGUUUGUUCACCCUCCGUUAUUCAUAAAAAUUUCAAAUCAGCAAACAUUCUACUUGACAUGGAGCUCAAUCCUCACCUUUCUGAUUGUGGGUUAGCAAACCUUGUUCGUGAGCCAGAUCAGGCAUCUGGAUACAGUGCACCUGAGGUUGCCAUGUCUGGUCAAUAUACUAUUAAGAGUGAUCUAUACAGCUUUGGGGUUGUCAUGUUAGAACUUCUUACAGGGAGAAAACCAUUCGAUAGCUCAAGGCCAAGAUCCGAGCAAUCCUUAGUUCGAUGGGCAACACCUCAGCUCCACGAUAUUGACGCUCUCUCUAAGAUGGUCGAUCCGGCUCUGAAAGGGCUUUAUCCUGUCAAAUCACUUUCACGUUUUGCAGACGUAAUUGCUCUGUGUGUCCAGCCGGAGCCAGAGUUCAGGCCCCCAAUGUCGGAAGUGGUUCAGGCGUUGGUUCGCUUGGUGCAACGAGCAAACAUGAGCAAGAGGACUUUUGGAAAUGAAGCCUCUCGGGCGGAAAGUGCAGAUGGUGAGGACUAUACUCCAUAGGUCACUGCGGUUCCUCUGGACUAUCUGGACACUGCGCUAGACAGUGCUAGAAAGUAAAGUUGAUCAGUUUGUAUUAACUUUUACCUUUCCAACGCCGCCAUUGUGCCAAUCAUUUACAUACACUCAACUGUGUUGUAUUAUAGUAAAGUGUAGGUCAUAAAAUUUGUUCAUUCUUGGGACUCGGUGGAGUGCUCUGAUGAUUUUUUCUUUUUUUCCUUCGACUUGUCUUUCAUGUCCUUGUUAUGAGAAGCUGUAACCACCUUUGAAAGACUGCAACAAAACCUAUUUGUCCGUGUCA